UUGCGGGGUAUUCGAAAUUUUGGCGAAAGCAAGAUGGCAUAAAGUAACUUGUCUAAACGACUAUUCGAAAUAUUAACGACGAAAUGAAAUAGAAGAAGAGCUUGAUGGUUUAACGGAAGUAUUAUUGACGGUAAUGGAAACUUGCGAUGAUGAACUAAAGAAAGAAGUUGACACGAUAAAAAAGUUAGACUCAAGGAUUAAAGUAAUUGCUGAAAUGGAAUUGGAAAAACAAAGGAUUAAUAUAUCGCGUAGCAAAUAUUCGGAAAUUGAGUCUGAAAUAAGUGUGAAAAGUAAAAUAUAUGCGACAAGAGAUGAGAUCAAGAAAAUCGAAUUGCAGAUAGCAGAUUUAGGUGGUAAACAUAUAAAGGCACUACAGGAAGAACAAGAAAACUUGUUCUCAGAAGAAGUUUUUUUAGGAAUCUCGCUGGACGAUCUGAUCCAGAAAUCGGAAGAAGCCAAAAGACAUUUAACCGAAACUAUAGAAAAAUACGACCGAAGGAGGAAAGAAAAUUCGGAGACAGAGAAGAUGAUUUAUAGCAACAUAUUGGCAGACGGAUCAGGCCUGCCAUCAGAGUGUGAGAAGAGCAACUGUCAGGCAAUGCUAAAGGAACUGAGAGAAGAAGUUUGGAAGUUUGAAAGUUGA